UGAAUUCAGUUCAUUGCCGACUUUGGAGCGUAGGAGUUGAGCAGCCGUGAGGGAACGAUGCCUAAACCAGUGCUGUACACCGUCGGUCUUAGCCCACCGUGUCGAGCAGUGGAACUAACGGCCAAGGCACUUGGAUUGGACUUGGAGCGUAGAACCGUAGAUCUGCUGGCUGGAGAUAAUCUGAAGCCGGAAUUCUUGAAGCUCAACCCGAAGCAUACGAUUCCGGUGCUGGACGAUGAUGGGACAAUCAUCGGCGAAAGUCACGCCAUCAUGAUUUAUCUGGUGCGAAAGUACGGCAAGACGGAUGCGCUCUAUCCGUCCGAUAUCGUCCAGCAAGCGCGCGUCCACGAGGCACUCCAUUUCGAGUCCGGUGUACUGUUUGCGCGACUUCGUUUCAUUACGGAACUCGUGUUCUUCGCACGCAAACCGGAGAUCCCUGACGAUCGCAUCGAGUACGUCCGGAAAGCGUAUCGUCUGCUGGAGGAUUCUUUGUGCGAUGAGUUUGUUGCCGGUCGUGGGAUGACCAUCGCCGACUUUAGCUGCAUUUCGACGGUCGCCUCUACGGUGGGUUUUAUUCCGCUGGAUAAAUCGGAGUUCCCGCGGACCAUCGCUUGGAUGGAACGGAUGAAGAAGCAGUUGCCGUUCUACGAGGAAGCUAACGGGGCCGGCGCUACCGCGCUGGGACAGUUUGUGCUGAAGCAGUUGGCCGAUAAUGCGAAGCUAUAACAAUGCAGAGAGAGAGUGUGUGUAUUAGUCCGGCUUGUAGCAGUAGUGAAUGAAAACCGGAAUUUUGGCUGCUUAAUAUGCUGCAUCAUCGCCCAUCGCCCACCGCUCACCCAACCGGAAUGCGUUGUAGCAUCACAAUAAAAGACCAACCAACACGCACACACGCACGAGCAAGUGAAAUCAUGCGCUCUAUCUCGUAUCUCCAACGACCACAAUCAUGCAUCCGAACAUGGUUGGUCCGGCUUGAACGAUGUUCGGAUCAGUUCGGGUGUGUCUCUGCAUCGCAACGGUUGUCCCAAACAUGCCUAAGCUAGUUCUGUACACGCUGCACUUGAGCCCACCGUGCCGGGCUGUGGAACUGACGGCUAAGGCGUUGGGAUUGGAGCUGGAGCAGAAGAACAUCAAUCUGCUGGCCGGUGACCAUUUGCAGCCGGAGUUCUUGAAGCUUAACCCCCAACAUACGAUCCCGGUGCUGGAUGAUGAUGGUACGAUCAUUACCGAGAGCCAUGCGAUCAUGAUCUAUCUGGUGACGAAGUACGGCAAGGAUGACUCCCUCUACCCGAAGGACCCAGUCAAGCAGGCUCGUGUGAACGCUGCGCUGCACUUCGAAUCCGGUGUACUGUUUGCCCGGAUGCGAUUCAUCUUUGAACGUAUUCUGUUCUACGGAAAAACGGACUUGCCGGAGGAUCGCGUUGAGUAUGUGCAGAAAUCGUACCGCUUGCUGGAGGACACGCUGCUGGACGAUUUUGUAGCCGGACCGGCCAUGACGAUUGCCGACUUUAGCUGCAUCUCCACGAUCUCUAGCAUUAUGGGCGUGGUUGCGCUGGACAAAGCGGAACAUCCCCGGAUCUACGGGUGGAUCGAUCGUCUGAAGCAGCUGCCAUACUACGAGGAGGCUAACGGUGGCGGUGGUACCGAUCUGGCCAAGUUUGUACUGGCCAAAAAGGAAGAGAAUGCUAAAGCUUAGCAUGGAAGUCUUGAAAUAAAGAAGCACAAACGUAACUUGAAGCAGCUUCCUAUUGAAGUUAUCUUCUCGAUUACUCAUCA